AUGACGUGGUCACUCCAUAAUUUGUGGUCUUUCAGACACUCGCAUGGGCCUCGGCUCUUGUGUUUGCGGCGAACAUCUCCUCGGAUUACUUGUCGGCUUUAUUCUUUAGAAUUCCAACCUUUCGGCAGCUCCAUUGUCAGCUGUUUUCUUGGCAAUCAUAGCCGUCACUUAUUUGGAGGCAAUCGUCAGCUUCUCUUGGGCGGAUCAGUCGGUGUCUCGGUCGGUGUAACGCUUGUGUUGGGGCUUCUCUCGGAAUGUCUGAUCCGAAACGGUUCCCACUCAUCAAUACCAAUUGGCUCUCCUCAUCGCUUUUACUACCGCCAAUCUUGUCAUUCGAUCACUCAUUUGAUCUUCGGAAUGGACGCUGAGUGUCCAAUCUUUUGGAUCUAUCAUCCAUUCUCCGUGAAUCGGCCCUUCCUCUUCAUCAAAGACACGAACACUUUUCCA